GGUUUAAUCAUGUACGCUUCCGGUUCAAAGUAGUAGAGCGUGCAGUUACUGUGCCUGCCGCAUCAUCAGUUUGAACUGUGAAUCAUUGACAGGAUACACGCUAAAGAGCAAGAGAGUGUAAUCUAGAUAAUGGCUGAAAAGACUGAUCCUCCUGUCAUCCUGGGUCAUAAUUUAUGGGGAACCUUAACACAUCAUUGUGGGUCUGACCUGCAUCAUCAUGAUGUGGCUGAUGGGCCGGACAGAAUAUAUAUGGAUUACAACGCCACCACACCAGUCGAUCCAGAGGUGGUCAGGGUUAUUACUGAUGCUUUAACUGAUGCGUGGGGAAAUCCCAGCAGUAAUUACCUACCAGGUCUGAAAGCCAGAGACAUCAUUUACUAUUCCAGAGACACUAUUGCCAGGAUGGUUGGUGGAAAAGCAGCAGACAUUAUUUUUACUUCAGGAGGAACUGAGGCCAAUAAUCUGGUGUUUCACACAGCUGUGGAGCACUUCAGGAAGAGCAAGACUUCUGCACAGGGAGACAUGAACAGCAAGCAGCUAAACGGAAGUGGCUCCCUGCCCCAUAUUAUCAUCUCUAGUGUAGAGCAUGACUCGAUCAAACUCACAGCUAAACACUUGUUAAAAGAAGGCAAAGCAGAUGUCACAUUUGUGCCCGUUUCCAAGGUGACGGGACGGGUGGAGGUCGAGGAUGUCAUUGCAGCAAUUCGUCCCACAACCUGCUUGGUGUCGAUCAUGCUGGCCAAUAAUGAGACCGGUAUUAUUAUGCCAAUUAAGGACAUUUGUCACAGAGUGAGGGAAGUAAACAAACAGAGGGCAGCAUCAGCUCCCAGAAUCCUCCUGCACACCGAUGCAGCACAGGCUAUUGGAAAGAUACGAGUGGAUGCACAUGAGCUGGGAGUGGACUAUAUUACCAUUGUAGGACACAAGUUUUAUGGCCCUCGAAUUGGCGCUUUGUUUGUGAACGAUCCUGGAACCACAACUCCGGUUUACCCUCUGUUUUUUGGAGGAGGACAAGAGCGCAACUUCAGACCAGGAACUGAGAACACAGCAAUGAUAGCCGGUCUGGGAAAGGCUGCAGAAUUGGUAAGCUUAAAUCUAGCAGAGUAUGAAGCCCAUUUCCUGGACAUCCGAUGCUAUCUCGAGCAGAAGCUGCUUGUAAGUCCUUAUUACAGCUGUCUGGUACAAAUAUUUCAGCUGUCUUUGGAAGAGAUAAGAUUAAUUUUAACAGCCAUUUUCCUGGCUCAGACAUUUUGCCCAACACAUGCAAUGUAUCCAUUUUGGGAAGGGGACUUCAGGGGCGUAGAGUGCUGUCCACCUGUAGGAGGUUGUUGGCCAGUGUGGGUGCUGCCUGCCACUCAGACAGAGGAGAUCAACCUUCCCAUAUUCUUCUAAGCUGUGGGAUUCCAUAUCAUGUGGCUGCCAACGCUUUGAGGAUCAGUGUGGGUAGAUGUACCUCCCGUGAAGAUGUGGACAUUGUCGUGGAGGAUCUGAGAGACACUGUAGAGCAACUGGAGCGGAUGAACUAGCACCAUGGAUAUUUUACCUGACUAAUAUACAUAUGUGGAUAUAUAUAUGGAUAUAUGUGUAUAUAUAUAUGGAUAUUGAACUCCAACCAAAAAGGACAAGUUUUAUUGAAUGGUUUUAGUUUACAGCUAUGUGGCUUUGCACAUAAAGUAGAUGAUGUGUCAUGAGUAUAGAGUUCAGGUUUCAGGGUCAUCGUCAGGUUGCACUAUAUUGAUCUAAGAGCUCUUUAUUUAGCAAAAUAUAAUAUCUAUCUAAUAUAAAUCUGAUUUGCUUUGCAAAUAGAUUAGAUAGUGUGUCAUGAGACUAGAGGUCAGGAUUCAGGGACAUUGUCAGGUUGCACUAUAUUGAUCUAAGAGCUUGUUGUUUAGCAGAACAUAAUGUUUAACUUAAAUAUUACUUGGUAAAGCCUAUUUCAAAUAUGUAACUUCAGGGAAUUUAGCUGAUAAAUAGUAAAAAAAAAAAUACUUUAAGCAGCUUGCAAAUGGAGGUGUGCAAUGUAUAAAGUCCAUUAAAAUAUCAUAAUUGCAAACUGACUUUAUAGACUAUGUCACUUACUCUGCAAAAAAAUAAUUGAUUAGUUUAUUCAUGUCACUGGGAAACUAACCAACCACUGCACAAAAUAUGAGGAAUAUGAAAAUCAGCUCUCCAUAACAGGAAAAAAAGAGGCACUGUUACCAGUAAAAUGCCAUUAAAUAUCAAGAUAUCAUUUUUUUUGUAUGUAUUACACACCCCUACUUGCAUAUGACUGUUGACUUUGCUCAUUUUGGGUCAGAGUUCUUUUAAACAGGGAUUUUUAGUUAUUUGGUUUUGAUAUUUAGGUGUUUGCCCCUCCUGAUUUUAUAUUAAAUACACUGUGGUAUGUUGUAUUAAAAAAAAUGGUUUCAUAAUUGAAUAAUGUGAAUGUGAAUUAUGUUGUAGAUGUUCAUACUCUUUUUUUCCGGAAAACAAUAGAGACCUGUGUUCAUUUUAACUUGCCGGCUGCACUUAGUUACAUUGGGAUGAGACAGAUAUAUGUUACAACAAAGCUGCACCAGCAUUAUUAAAUGAGCUAAAUGGACUCUCUUUAAUAUCUCAGUGCUGAUCUGAUCUCCCCUGAUGCUGAAUCAUUAAAGUUCAUAUGCUCUGA